GCCGUUGUAUCGUGCAUUGCCUAUAACUGAUAUGCAUACAGCACAAUAGGUACGCGUUAGCGGUGUCGUUUUUGUUGUCACUGAACGUCCGGUUGAAAUUUCGCAAACGGCCACUGUCCUAGUGCAUUUAAUUAACAAACCGAAAACGCGCAUCGUUCCAAUUAUGGCCCAGAGCAGACAGUCCCGGCUGUUGCCGGAUGAUUUGUCUCACGUCGAGUUCGAGACCAGCGAAGAUGUCGAAGUGUUGUCGUCGUUCGACUCGAUGCAUUUGCGGGAGGACUUGAUCCGAGGCAUCUAUUCGUACGGUUUCGAACGUCCGUCGGCCAUCCAGCAGCGAGCCAUCAAGCCGAUGAUUAAAGGAAGAGACGUUAUCGCACAAGCGCAGUCGGGUACGGGUAAGACAGCAACGUUCUCCAUUGCAAUGUUACAGUCGAUCGACACUCAACUCAGGGACACGCAAGUCCUAUGCUUGUCGCCGACCCGUGAGCUCGCUGUACAAAUUCAAAAAGUUGUAUUGGCAUUAGGUGACUACUUGAAUAUACAAUGUCACGCAUGCAUCGGUGGAACAAAUCUUGGAGAAGAUUUAAGGAAGUUAGAUUUUGGUCAACACAUUGUUUCUGGAACACCAGGCCGUGUCUUUGAUAUGAUAAGACGUAAAACUCUGCGUACACGUAAUAUCAAAACGCUAGUACUCGAUGAAGCUGAUGAAAUGUUAAACAAAGGAUUUAAAGAACAGAUAUAUGAUGUGUACCGUUUCUUACCUCCCGCAACACAAGUCAUUCUUAUAUCUGCUACUUUACCCCACGAAAUUCUGGAGAUGACAAAUAAAUUCAUGACUGAUCCAAUAAGAAUAUUGGUAAAACGUGAUGAGUUGACACUUGAAGGUAUCAAACAAUUCUUCGUAGCCGUUGAACGUGAAGAAUGGAAAUUUGAUACUUUGUGUGAUUUAUACGACACACUUACCAUAACACAGGCAGUUAUUUUCUGCAGUACAAAAAGGAAGGUUGAUUGGUUGACUGAAAAAAUGAGGGAAUCCAAUUUUACUGUCAGCUCGAUGCACGGAGAUAUGCCUCAAAAAGAAAGAGAUGCCAUCAUGAAGGAAUUCCGUGGAGGCCAAACGAGAGUUUUGAUUACAACAGAUAUUUGGGCACGCGGAAUUGACGUACAACAGGUCUCGUUAGUCAUCAACUACGAUUUACCCAACAACCGUGAGUUGUACAUUCACAGGAUUGGUCGUUCUGGUAGAUUCGGCCGUAAGGGUGUUGCUAUUAACUUUGUUAAAAGUGACGAUAUCAGAAUAUUACGUGACAUUGAACAGUAUUAUUCCACACAAAUUGAUGAAAUGCCAAUGAACGUUGCUGAUUUAAUAUGAACACUCACGCCGAAGAUGAAAAUAUUAUUACUUUACACUUUGACAAUUUUUUUUUUCUUUAGUAUGUAAUUUGAUAAGCUAUAAACUAUGUAUCCUAAAUUAGUAACAUUAUAAUAUACAUAAACAUUUUUAAUAUCUCAUUGAUUGGUAUGACGUACAAAAUGCUAACAAAAUUAUCACUAAGUCUCGACGAUAAUAUUAAUACAUGCACCGCAAUAGUAUUCGAGGUGGUGUUGCCUGUGCUCCCGUUUUUAAUCUUUUGUAAUUUCUUUAUUAUUAUAUUUCACUGCCCAUAAAUAUGUUUUAUUUUUAAUCAAGCAAUCAAAUGUAUACAUCUACAAAGAUACAAUUGAUUUUUUUUUUUUAAAUUAUAUUCUUAGCUACCAGUUUUUAGUUUUUUAAUUUCAUUUAUUUACAAUGAAAAUAUGUAAAAACAGUGUGUGUGGACAGUCUUGAACGCACAACCUUAAUAAUCAAACACCUUUAUUUGUUCCUGAAAACAAAUGUAUUAUUUUAAACAUUUUCAAACGUUCUAAUGAUGCAAUCUUAAAACAUAUACUACAGAAUUACAUUUUACCAUUGUAUUCUCGUUUAAAAUUCUAACGUAAAUGUUAUUAAAUUUGUGUCAAGUAAAAUAUCCUCUACCGUAUGUUCACAUCCCCGUUCUUGUCUGACACAAAGGAGCAAAUAGAUGGCGUUUCAUGCUUUUCCAAAAUUUCAACCAAUAAUCAUACGCGGACAUCGCCAAUAAAAAGUGAAUUAUUGUAAGGAAAACAACGAUUCCACAAAAUAGACACAUUUUACAAUUAAACUUUGUAGAUUAAGCGAAGCAAGUGUUGUUAAAUUAAAACAAUUCAAACAUUUGUGUUGCUAUUUAAUUAGUGUUUGUAGAUUUUAUGUGUAAAAUCUAAAAAAUUAUAAUAGCCAUUAAAUAAAAAUGUAUAAUAGGUACUGAUAAA